CUCCCGGAAGGAGCGGCGGGCGGGCUGCCCGGAGCCUGCACAUGGGUCCCCAGCCGGGCAGCCGCCCUGGGAGGCAGCGGGGCCCCCAGCGCCAUGGAGUGGGUGGCUUCGCCGGGGCGCUGGGCGCUGCCGUGGCUGCCGCGUACGCGGCGACGCUGCCGCCGUCCGUGCCCGGGGGAGACUCGGGGGAGCUGAUCACAGCCGCAUAUGAGCUUGGAGUUGCCCAUCCUCCUGGCUACCCUUUGUUCACUCUGCUGGCCAAACUGGCAAUUGGUCUGUUCCCUUUUGGUUCCAUUGCCUACCGAGUAAAUCUUCUCUGUGGCUUAUUGGGAGCAGCUGCAGCAUCUUUGCUAUAUUACACAGUUUUCAGGCUUUCUGGCUCGUAUGCUGGAGGAGUCCUUGCUGCGGGGGUGUUUUCCUUUUCUCGUCUAACAUGGCAGUGGUCCAUCUCAGCAGAGGUUUUUAGCUUAAACAAUCUGUUUGUGGGGCUGCUUAUGGCGCUCACUGUACAUUUUGAGGAGGCAGCCACUGCGAAGGAGAGAUCAAAGAUAUCGAAAGUUGGCGCCUUUUGCUGUGGGCUUAGUAUGUGCAAUCAGCACACAAUAGUGCUUUAUGUGUUGUGCAUUGUACUAUGGGUUCUGUUCCAACUUUUCAAAGGGAAGGAAUUGUCCUUUGGCCAUUUGCUGAAGUUGGGCUUAUGCUUCUUGGCUGGUUUGCUGCCUUAUCUCUAUCUGCCUGCCUCGUCCUACCUAAAUCAAGCACGUUGGACCUGGGGAGACCAGACGACUUUUCAAGGAUUUUUGACCCACUUUCUCAGGGAAGAAUAUGGGACAUUCAGUCUGGCCAAAUCAGAGGAAGGACCCAGUCUGAGAGACAUGUUGCUUUCUCAGGUAACACACAUGAAAACGGAACUUUCCUUUACUGUCCCAGCCCUUGCGAUGGUGGCGUGGUUACGUACAGCAAUGCAGGCUAAGCAGGAGAAGUCAUCAGUGAUAUGGCUAUUUACUGGAAUGCUCUGCAUUUAUUCGUUCUUCUUUGCUUGGAGGGCAAAUUUGGAUAUUACAAAACCACUCUUUAUGGGUGUGGUGGAGCGAUUUUGGAUGCAGAGCAAUGCAGUAGUUGCUGUUCUAGCGGGACUAGGCCUGGCCUCUCUUGUCUCUGUCGGAAAUGCAGUGCUUGAGAACAACCGUGUGCUGCAGUGCGUGGAGUGGCUUUCCGCUGCGGCUCUUGUUACUAGUCAAAUAUAUGCCAAUUACAGCAUUUGUGACCAAAGCCGCAAUUACGUUGUCGAUAAAUUUGCAAGGAACCUUCUGUCCUCCGUGCCACCUGAUGCAAUAAUCUUGCUCAGAGGAGACCUAACAGGGAAUUCUCUUCGUUACCUUCAUUAUUGUGAGGAAAUGAGGCCCGAUGUCACCUUAGUGGAUCAAGAGAUGAUGACUUAUGAGUGGUAUUUACCAAAGAUGGCUAAGCAUUUGCCAGGCAUCUCUUUUCCUGGGAGGCGGUGGAAUCCUGUAGAAGGAAUAUUACCCGACGGAACGCUCACGUUUAAUCUCCAUCAUUUUCUCAAAGUAAAUAAACAGAGCCUCAGGACAAAACCAUCUGCCGGCGCCAAGGCUGCUGCGGAUGGAACAGCCGCCAGUAAGGAAGCAUUUGCGUGCAUAGGACUUAACGAAGGGGACUCAACUUGGAGAAAAAGCUAUUCACUUUGGCCAUGGGGUUCCUGUGACAAAUUGGUUUCUUCAGGAACUGUUUUUAACCCAGGAGAGUGGUUACAUCUUACAAGGAGUCUCUAUAACUGGACUGAAGACUAUGGAAGGUUUGAUCCAUCUUCAUGGGAAGCUGUAGCAAAUGAAGAGAUGUGGCAAGCCAGGAUGAAAACAGCCUUCUUUAUCUUUGACCUUGCAGAAACUGCUAGCGUGUCUGCAGAUAUAAAAUCCCAACUUUAUACCUUUGCAUACAGUUCAUACAAGGAAAUCAUCAAUUCACAUAAAAACCACCCAGUCAAUUGGCAUAAAAACUAUGCGAUAGCUUGCGAAAGGAUGCUGCGUCUCCAUAAGGUGGAUGUGGACCCUGAAGUGUUGUUAUCUGAAACUGUUAAACAUUUCCUCCUCUAUACGGAGAAAGCAGAGGAUGAUCCCCAACAAGCAGAUAUUUUGCAGGCUGUAAAACACCUGAAGAAAGAGCUGCAGGGGCUGAGAAAAAUGAAAAAAAAUCUGAAGCGGCUGGCGGUCUAGAACCCAUUUGUGGACCUGCUUUCUGAAGUGUUAAAAUUCUGAAGUCGGGAGGUAAAAUUGAAUCCGUUAUUAAGAACACGAGAAGGUUUUUUAAAUACGACAGAACUGAUAGCGGAAGGAAAUCAAGUGGUCUCCUGGAUGGAAAUGUAGCACUGUUCUUUCUUUUGCUGUCGCCAGAUGAAGAGUUCUGGUAGCCAGCACGCAUUUCACAUUGAUUUGUGUAGAAAAACAUUUGUUACCAAAUUAAGCAUUGUGUUUAAAAUAAAUAAAUAAAUAAAUAAGUGAGGAAGUCCAAAAUACCGUGUAUGCAAAUACGUCCAUUGAUUUUAUUUGAUAUGUAUAAUUACUUCAUAAAUAUAUGAAAUUCAUUUCCUACAAAAAGUUCCUUCUGUUGUCGAGUUCCAGCUAUGUAAAAUAUCUCUAUUUUGUAUAUCUUUGUGUACAGUAUUACACACUGCCAUUAGAGAGAGGGGGGUGUGUGUGUGGGUGUUUGGGAUAUAGGAUCAUUAUUCAUAGUAAGUGAACCCAUGAUUUAGUUACCCAAAGUUAUCCAGAAAGAGUGCUGGUAAAACCUUUAUACCUCACUACACUCUCACACAUCCUGUAGAUGUCACAGAUGCUACAAAAAAAUAGUUUUAGGAAUGUUUUAGAGCAUUUUAGCUGAACUAUUUUUUGUCUUUCCUGUAGAGCCAAGUGAGUUGGUUCCCAUGAAUCUAACUGUGUCAGGCUCAAGGGACCAAUAGAAUUGUCUAAAAUUGACCUAAAAUAGCUGCCCUAUAUUUUAUUUUGUUACUGAUUUUGAUUCCUUUUUCUUUGGUCCUUUAAGGGCUAAAACUGAGUGCUGGGCCUCCACUGACAAGGUAGGAAUUUUACCUUCCCAGUGAUUAUAAAGUUCCUGUUUCUAGCCCUCAGGCCCUUGAGAUAUUUUUAGAUUUAGAGAAGCUGUGGUUGGCCCACGACGGAAUCUUGGUGGAGGUAAUUUUGGGGGGAGAAAGAGGAAACAUUUAUGUGGCAGGUUGAUUUUUUUUUUCAGUAACCACUGAUCAAAGCCACCUUGGGGUUUGGAACCUUAGAAUAAGUGGAGAUUGUGAGCAGAGUGCAGGAGAAAUGGUCAAAGGUGCACCAUAGGUUUAUCACAUGGCUCUGCAAUUUAUUAUAUGGAUUUCCCCCCAUAUAUAUAUUGUGUAUAUAUUCUAUAUGUAAUAUAUCUGUCUGUGCAUGUGUGAUUCUGGACUGUUAUUCCACUUACCAGCCCUGAUAUUUCUCAGAUAUUCUUCAUGUGUAGGUCUGUUUUUUUAAAUGUAACAGCUUCAUUUCCUUCCAUAGAGGCUUAAGUGGACACUGGGUACUUACAGAUCACACUUCUAUCUGAAAAUUCUUACCCUCCGGUUGUUUCGUUACAAUAUUAGAGAAAAAUAUUUUCCUCUCUUUCUUUCCAUUUUGGUUACUGUGUACAUUUGGCAGCACGUUUUGAAUAGUCGGUGGCUCAAUGUUUGUGGUGGGCGAUUUGCAAACACUGAGAAGAAUGGGAACAUGUGGUUAUAAAACCACAAAAAUGGCCAGGGUGACUGAGAGCUUGUCUGCACGAAAACUUAGUUGUGAGCAAGUUGGAGUGCUAAAUGCACUAAGCGCGUGCGCCGAGUAUCCAUGUGGACCCUGCUGCUGCGCACUAAACAUUUCCUUUGAUCUGUGUUCCCUUUGGUCCGCUUUGAUCUAUCUCACUUUGACAUGGGAGGAGGGAGCUUUUAGCAUAUGGCAGACAGUGGGUGCGUGACGUGGGGUUGAUUUACACCUCAGCUUGCCACGCGCUAAGGCUUCAUGUAGACAAGUCCUCAGGUGUGUUUUAACUCAUUGUUUUGCAGUUGACUAGAUUUCAGGUUGAUAGUACCCUUCCAUUUUGUCAAUUACUGUAUAAGUAAAGCAUUCAUCUAAAACUACA